UAAUAACUAUCUCCCCAUCUCGUCGGGGGAGGGCUGCGCGUCGGGAAGGCCCGUGCGCGGGACUCGGUGUCCAGCGGGAUGCGCGCUCCCCGGGCUGCCUCGGGGACGGCUGCCGGCCCAGGGCGCCUCCUCUGAGCCUCCCGCUUGGAGGGUCGCUCGCUGGCUCCGGUCCCCCAAAUCCCUUUUUUUUGGGGAAGGGGGCUGAUGACGCCGGGCGCGCACGUGGGCCCGGGACCGGCUGGGGGCUCGCGCUGAGCCGGCAUGGGGCCGCCCUUGGAGAAGUGUCGGGGCGACUGGCGGGAGCUGGAGGAGGAAUUCCAGCAGCUCCAGGAAACGCACAAAAUCUACAGACAGAAGCUAGAAGAGCUGAACAGCUUGCAGUCGGCCUGCAGCAGUGCUAUACAGAAGCAGAAGAGGGGCUUACGGGACUUGCAGUGCAGUUUUCAAAGAUGUAAACGCAACUGUAGCCAGGAAGAAUCGGAACUCGUUGAGCAAAUCAACAGCCAGAUCAAAGAGCGGCACAAUGUCUUCUUCGACAUGGAAGCUUACCUGCCAAAGAAAAACGGUUUGUACUUGAAUCUGGUCUUGGGAAAUGUGAAUGUAACGUUGCUAAGUAAUCAGGCCAAGUUCGCCUACAAAGAUGAAUAUGAAAAAUUCAAACUGUACUUGACAAUAAUUUUACUCCUCGGAGCAGUGGCUUGCCGAUUUGUUCUGCAUUACCGGGUGACAGAUGAAGUGUUCAACUUCCUCUUAGUUUGGUAUUACUGCACACUGACAAUAAGGGAAAGUAUCCUUAUCAGCAAUGGAUCAAGGAUUAAGGGUUGGUGGGUGUCUCAUCAUUAUGUCUCAACGUUCCUAUCUGGUGUGAUGCUAACAUGGCCAGAUGGUCUCAUGUACCAAAUGUUCCGCAACCAGUUUUUAGCAUUUUCAAUUUUCCAGAGUUGUGUCCAGUUUCUACAAUACUACUAUCAAAGUGGCUGCCUAUACAGACUUCGCGCACUGGGGGAAAGAAACCAGUUAGAUCUCACAGUGGAGGGAUUUCAGUCUUGGAUGUGGCGAGGGCUGACGUUCCUCCUUCCCUUCUUGUUCUUUGGGCAUUUCUGGCAGCUCUACAAUGCUAUCACACUUUUUGAAUUGUCAAGACAUAAGGAAUGUAAAGAAUGGCAGGUUUUUGUGCUUGCUCUCACAUUUCUGGUGCUCUUCCUUGGAAACUUCCUCACGACUCUGAAAGUAGUGCACACCAAACUCCAGAAGAACAAACUGAAGAAGUUGUGAAAGGAGGACCGUACUUCCGAUGGCUAGAACGUGGGGUUUGGUUCCUUUCUGCCUCCCCUUUGAUUAGACUUGUGUUUUGGACAGACCCCACUGCUCCGCCACUACCUGGCCCUACAGUAUGCAAACCAUGGAGGAACUUCCAUCCUCGUUAUGCUACAAAGUCUUCCCUAACUGACUUAAUUUUGCAAGUGCCGCUUUUUCCAGCUGGUAGCCCACUAUUUAUGUUUAACUUAAUCCAGCACCCACUUGGCCUUUCCUGGGAAUUCAGCAGAGAUUGAUCCCUGCUAGGAAAAAGAUGGAUUAUCAAGAGAGGAAGGAGGCUUCGCUACUUUGGAAUAAAUCGAGCUGUUGAUUAAAAUGCCAUCUUUGAAAUACCAGCAGGUAUUGGAGUCUUGGUGGCUGUUCCCUGCUAUUACAUGGUACCAUUUGCUGAGCCCUGUGCAUUUUGAGACCCGCAUUUCUGAAACAAAAAGGGACCUGUGUGGGAACAGCGCUUGUGGACUUGAAGCCGCUAAUCGCUCCUCUCCACUUGCAAGUUGAUUGGAAACACUUUCGGUGGCUCAUGAAAGAGGUGGAGGGAAUCCUUUGCCUCAUUAUUGUCACCUACUCCAGCUAGAGUCGCUUACAAAAAAAAAAAAGCGCUAAGUAGAAAGCCUCUUGAAAUCCAAUGAAUGAUAUGAUGUAACGUGCUUUGUUGGCACAGAGGUUAGAUGGAUGUUUCGUUUAAAGAGCUCAGACCUUGUUGAGACUUGGAAGGGGUUGGGGGAAGAAAAGAUAGCAAAUAAAAAAGAACUGCCUC